AUGGUGUGCCACCCGUGCUGCACCAUGGAGACCAUGGUGCGCCUACCGUGUUACACCAUGGUGCGCCUACCGUGUUACACCAUGUUGCGCCACCCGUGUUGCACCAUGGAGACCAUGGUGCGCCAACCGUGUUGCACCAUGGAGACAAUGUUUCACCACCCGUGCUGCACCAUGGAGACCAUGGUGCGCCUACCGUGUUGCACCAUGGAGACCAUGACCAUGUUUCACCACCCAUGUUGCACCAUGGUGCGCCACCCGUGCUGCACCAUGGAGACCAUGGUGCGCCUACCGUGUUACACCAUGACCAUGGUGCGCCAACCGUGUUGCACCAUGGAGACAAUGUUUCACCACCCGUACUGCACCAUGGAGACCAUGGUGCGCCUACCGUGUUGCACCCUGGAAACCAUGUGUUGCAUAAUGGAGACCAUGUUUCACCACCCAUGUUGCACCAUGGUGCGCCACCCGUGUUGCACCAUGGUGCGCCACCCGUGUUGCACCAUGGUGCGCCACCCGUGUUGA